CGGCAUCAAAGGACUCAAGUCAAGUGAAGUCAGUUCACAGGAAAGCUUCGAGGCAGUUCGUGGAGUUGCUGGUUCCUCCUCAGCACUGGCUUCCUUUAGCUUGUACGUCACUCGGAAAGAUCGGCGUUCCCCAGGCCGUGGAAACGACAGGACAACCCAGUGCCUUGGACCAGGAGUACCUUACCAGGGUCCCCCAGAGCAGCGAGGCCAAACAUCACCCCUUCAGCCAAAGUGCCCAGAGGCCCGUUACUUUAACAGCGUGUUCCCUCGGAGGCAAGCUGGAAGGCGGGGAGGUGGAGGGAGGCGAGACCGCAGCGUUCAUCCUGCGGCACAGAGGCUGUACGUUCAGGAUGGGUCCCCAGGAGCCAGCAGACGCGUGUGCUACUUCCUUGGGCCGGAAUCAGUCCUCCCUAGACUGUCCCACGCAAAAUGGGAUGCCGGAACUUGAUCAGCAGACGGAGGAAGAGGACGACACAGAGGAGCAGAAAAGUGACGAGGGCUUCAUGGGCAUGACACCGCUACUGCAGGCUCAUCACGCCAUGGAGAGGGUGGAGGAGUUUGUGCACAAGGUGUGGGAAGGCCGGUGGCGGGUGAUACCCCACGACGUCCUACCCGAUUGGCUGAAGGACAACGACUUCCUCUUGCAUGGCCAUAGACCCCCCAUGCCUUCUUUCAGGGCCUGCUUCAAGAGCAUCUUUAGGAUCCACACAGAAACGGGCAAUAUCUGGACACAUUUACUGGGCUGCCUGUUCUUCCUGUGUCUGGGCAUCGUCUACAUGUUUCGGCCCAACAUGUCAUUUGUGGCCCCCUUCCAGGAAAAGAUAGUCAUUGGCGCCUUCUUUCUAGGGGCCAUCCUCUGCCUGUCCUUCUCCUGGCUCUUCCACACUGUGUACUGCCACUCGGAAGGAGUGUCGCGCGUCUUUUCCAAGUUGGACUACUCUGGCAUUGCCUUCUUAAUCAUGGGAUCCUUUGUGCCCUGGCUCUACUACUCCUUCUACUGCUCACCCCAACCUUGUUUCAUUUACCUGAUUGUGGUGUGCAUCCUGGGCCUUGCUGCCAUCACCGUGUCGCAGUGCGAUUUCUUCGCCACACCGCAGUACCGUGGAGUCCGAGCUGGGGUGUUUGUGGGUUUGGGGCUGAGCGGUGUUGUCCCCACACUUCACUUCGUCAUCUCAGAGGGGUUUCUGCGGGCAACCACCAUAGGCCAGAUGGGCUGGCUCUUCCUCAUGGCCACGCUGUACAUCACGGGUGCCUGUCUUUAUGCUGCCCGCAUCCCGGAGAGGUUCUUCCCUGGGAAGUGUGACAUCUGGUUCCAUUCCCAUCAGCUUUUCCACAUCCUUGUGGUGGCUGGGGCCUUUGUCCAUUUCCAUGGCGUGUCCAAUCUGCAGGAGUUUCGCUACACAGCUGGCGCAGGCUGUACAGAGGAAGGCGCCCUGUGAGAGACCGGUGCCUGUGGCGCCUGCGAUCGCCACCAAGGGGAGAUGGCAGAACAGGGAGAAAUGUGUCUUUCUCAUUCAACCGUGGAUGAACAUAAAAAGACAUUUGGGGACAAGGUUUCUUUUCUUUUGGAAAACUAAUUCUUGUCUUUUUUCUUCCCCUCCCCCCCCUUUUUCAGUUUUAUAAAAUAAACUGUACCAUCAAGAUGUGUUGAAAUGAAUUGUAUGUAUAGAUAAUAAAUUAUAUAGUUGCAGAGUCAUAAUUAUUAUUCUCAAAACACACUAUUUUACUGAAUGCCAUAUUACAGUAUGGACAGAUAAAGAGCAUUUAAAAGGCAAAAAAAGAAAUUCUUGACUUGUGUGUGUUAAGACUUUUCUUUUUUCCCCUUCUCCUUAAAGGAGCUGGGUUAGCUGCUUUUAAAAUAGUUUUUGUAAAUAAGAUUUCUAAUUUUUGGGUUAUAGAUUUGUAUAUGUAUGUAUAUAUUAUAAAAGAUAAAAUAGAUGAAAAUCAAAGUUAAAAUUAAGAAGAAAAACAUAUGCAUAAACCUUUUUUGUGUGUGAGACCUGUUGGAAAUGCAAGAGUUGACGUUGGUUUUGCAUAACGAGGUGAGAUCUAAGUGGAUGGGGUGAAUCCACGAGGAGCCUGUCUGACCAAUCCUGAAGGUGUUAAACCUAUAGCUGGUUGGGGUGAGGCAUGAGUGCAGUAAUUCUCUCGCACCGCUCUAUGGCCAGCCGUUAGUGAUAAAAUGUGCAGGUUGCUCUUUUUCGGCACUGCAGUAUAUUCGCAUACAUAAGGUGGAGAGGCUCGUCCUGCUUUAGGGUUUUGGCAGUGUGUCACGCAUGGGAUGUUUACUGUUCAAACCCACCUAGUCUGAGUGGACUAAGCUGCUUUUGAGGGCUUCCUUGAGUUCUCCAAGUCUUCUAUCUGGGCCUCAUCCUGCGUUCUGAAAGGAUGCUCUGCUGUGCUCAUCUGGUGCCUCAAGUUUGCGGGGCUACUUGUUACCCAUCUUGAGCUCUGCCCACAGCUUAGUGGGGGAAGAAUGAAUCCUCCAGAAAGGUCUGGCUCACUGCACUGCUUCUCUAUGAAAAAUGGAACAUCCUGAACUUUACAACUCCCUGGGUGGGGUGCAGAGUGGUAUCUGUUUACCUGAAGCCUCACUCUUUUUAUGAGCAGACAUUGUAAAGCUGAGGAGGCUGAAGGGCAAAUACAGAAACAUGCUGUAAGAGCAGCCAUUGGAAUAGUUAGGUUGACUGCCCUAGGUUUGAUUUGGAUUGGGUCAUGUUGGUGUGGGCACAUUUUGAUCUUGCUAUCAGGGCAGCGUCUCAGUGUUCCAUCAGUUUUUAAGUUUUUGUUGACUGCGUGUGCCCCCCCCCCCCCCCCCCAUGUUCUUUGUGGACUUUGAAAGAAAAGGAAAAAAGCUUCUGUACUGUAUUGAUGGCUGACUGCAGGAAGGGAUUUGAGUCUUCUGUUCAGUCUAGUCCAGCAGAGGCUGUUCUGGGAAGCUUCUCAUGGGGGCAUGGUGAGCCUGGAGAACUGCAGACUUGUCUCCCUUUUGUGUUUUUGUGGUGGUUUCUCAUGGUGGGCUAACAGUUCGAACACAGUGCAAGUUAGGCCUGUUUUGUCGUCUGUUCAGGCCUACCUGUACCAGCCCUGAGGGGGGGGGGGGGGCUCUUCUAUCACCUGGGAUGGGGGACAACCAUUUUUGCAGCACGUUUGUUCUUAAGACUGCGCCUCUGCAACACAAAACAAGGGAGCUGUAGCAAUGACAGGGCAUCCAUCCCUGGUCUCAGCUGAAGUCUUCCAUGUUGUAGAAAGACUCAAGCUUGACCCUAUAAGCACCAGAGCUCCUCCAUAGCCACCAGAGAAACUAUUUUGUGUUCGAAACAGUGGUUCAAGGUGGGGUUCUUCAAACUUCUCAGUCCAAGAAGGAACCCGGAGAGCUCGGCACCCGAGAAUCUGUGACAGAUGUUGGAGGACCAGCGGGCUUCUCCUGAGAAAACACACUGAACUGCAGCAGGGAGCACGAGGGGGUCUGCGCUGCCUCUUCCUAUGUUGUUGUCCUGGCGUUUCCUGAGAAAGGGGGACUUGGGGUUUUCUACUUUUCAUCUUCCUCAGUUAAGAGGCCUUGUUUCACUGUAAACUUUCAGAGUUGGCAGAUGAAUCGGAGAGACUGGGUUUUUUUUUUUUUUUUUUUUUUU